GACAGCCCUACCCCUCCCACAGCCAGCGAAGACUACCCCAGUGCUCUCCUGUUCACCUCAGUCACCCCGUCCCCCUGUCCCCUACGUCCGUCCCUGGACCAGGACAGCCCAGACCACCUACUCCCCUCCUCACCGAGCCCUGCCUCCCCAUGGACCAGGACAGCCCAGACCACCUGCUCCCCCUCCUCACCGAGCCCUGCCUCCCCAUGGACCAGGACAGCCCAGACCACCUGCUCCCCCUCCUCACCGAGCCCUGCCUCCCCCUGGACAGUGACAUGCCCACAGCCACACCCAGGCUCCGCCCAGAGGGGCAUCGUUUCGCAGUGUGCCACAGCAACAUAACUCCUGCAGGAUGGUCUUGAAUUUGGAGAUUCCAAGUCCACCCCAGAAGCCUCUACCUACCGACCCCCUGGGCAGGAAUACCCAGAAGCCUCUACCUGCCGACCUCCUGGGCAGGAAUAUCCAAAAGCCUCUAUCUGCCGACCAAAUGAGCAGGAAUACCCAGAAGCCUUUACCUGCCUACCCCCUGAGCAGGAAUACCCAGAAGCCUUUACCUGCUAACCCUAACCCUAACUCCCCCGGAAGGAGUGGUCAUCUGAUUCGUAGCCCCAUUGCUGUCGGUGUCCCAAUCCCUGUACCAGUCCCCGGUGUCCCCAGGCCGCUGAGACCUGUUCCACACCACAACAGAUCUGUUCCUAAGCAACCCCCAACACUACCUAAGCCUCGUGUGAUCGUCCACGCCAAGUUCAGCAGCUGAGAGCAGCUGGACUAAACUUGAAGGGGAUUUAAAGAACGUUCUUUCCGUGAGACGAUAAAGACAUUUCACUUGCACUAUGAAACUCUGAAAACCUUAAUGAUGUGGUGUCUCUGAGUUUUGAAUAAUGGGGGACGGACUGUUGGGCGGUUGGCGUGUCAGCGAGUCAGCCCCCCGUCUGUUGGUGCUCUGAUGUCAGAGAGGUGCUAUAGGUCUGAGCUCAGGUACACGUAUGUAAAGUAUGUAUGUUUUGUGUAUUUAUUCAUUAGUUACCACACAGUGCACUGUGCCAGACACUUGGGAUUUCACCUGUAGUCUUUGUUUAUUUUAUUUUAUAUAUUUUUUUUUUCUACUGUUAGCCAUUUGAUUUCAAUCAUGGGGAUAUUUUUAACGUGUUUCGAUGGACAGGAAGUAAGGGGAAAGGUCCAGCUUAACAAACGCCUGUCUCUGGAGAUCUGGGAAGUUGUAAAGACCCUAACGUGGCGUUCAAUGACCUGGAUUCAGAACAAAGGGAAAGACGUCUCCAAACAUCAGACAGGAGACUUUCUUCUGCACUUCCUCCGUACAGUAUACAGCCACCUGUUGUAAGACAACGGCAUCACUGGUAAACCCUGUCGUAGGUCUUCCUCCGUACAGUAUACAGCCACCUGUUGUAAGACAACGGCAUCACUGGUAAACCCUGUCGUAGGUCUUCCUCCGUACAGUAUACAGCCACCUGUUGUAAGACAACGGCAUCACUGGUAAACCCUGUCGUAGGUCUUCCUCCGUACAUCACUGGUAAACCCUGUCGUAGGUCUUCCUCCGUACAGUAUACAGCCAGCUGUUUCUCCCUCUGUGACCGUACUGUGUAUGUGUAUGCACUGAUGCUGAGAGACUGAGCCCUGAGGAACACCAAUAACAACCGUACACCAACCUUACAACAACCAUACAGCAACUAUACACCAACCUUACACCAACUUAUCACCAACCAUACACCAACUAUACACAAACCUUACACCAACUUAUCACCAACCUUACAACAACCAUACACCAACCAUACACCAACCUUACAACAACCAUACACCAACUAUACACCAACUCAUCACCAAACAUACACCAACCUUGCAACAACCAUACACCAACUAUACACCAACCUUACACCAACUAUACACCAACCAUACACCAACCUUACACCAACUAUACACCAACCAUACACCAACCUUACACCAACUAUACACCAACCACACACCAACCUUACACCAACUAUACACCAACCAUACACCAACCUUACAACAACCAUACACCAACUAUACACCAACUCAUCACCAAACAUACACCAACCUUGCAACAACCAUACACCAACUAUACACCAACCUUACACCAACUUAUCACCAACCUUUCAACGACUACACACCAACUCAUCACCAACCAUACACCAACCAUACACUAACUUAUCACCAACCAUACACCAACUUAUCACCAACCAUACACCAAUCUUUCAACGACUACAGUGCCUUACAAAAGUAUUCAUCCCCCUUGGUGUUUUUCCUAUUUUGUUUCAUCACAACCUGUAAUUUAAAUAGAUUUUUAUUGGGAUUUCAUGUAAUGGACGUACACAAAAGAGUCCAAAUUUGUGAAGUGAAAUUAUAAAAAAUAAAAAAAAUGUAAGGUGGUGUGUAUUUACCCACUUUGCUAUGAAGCCUCUAAAUAAGAUCUGGUGCAACCAAUUACCUUCAGAAGUCACAUAAUUAGUUAAAUAAAGUCCACCUGUGUGCAA